AUGAAUGCUACCUCAAAGAACCAGUCAGACUGCCCUGAGGUGCACGUCCCCAUCCCUGUCUUCCUUACCAUUGGAGUAGUGAGCCUGAUUGAGAACCUGCUGGUUGUGGUGGCCAUCAUACGGAAUAGGAACCUCCACUCCCCCAUGUACUGCUUCAUCUGCAGCCUGGCGGCCUUCAACACCAUCGCCAGCCUCACCAAAACCUGGGAGACACUGAUGAUCACCUUUGCUAAUGUGGGACAGCUGGAGAAGACAGAGUUUUCUGAGAGCAACCUGAAUGAUGUGAUUGACUCCCUGCUGUGCAUGUCGUUUGUGGGCUCUUUUUUCAGUUUCCUGGCCAUCGCUGUAGACCGUUACAUCACCAUAUUUUAUGCACUCCGAUAUCACAACAUCAUGACCAUGAGGCGCACUGGGGUCAUCCUGGGGCUGAUCUGGAUAACAUGCGGGGUGCUGGCUGUGCUGUUUGUGAAGUUCUUCUACCUCAAGGUCACCAUGAUCUGCUUCGUUGUCUUCUUCAUCAUCUCCUUGGCAAUUCUUUGUUUCCUCUACACCUACAUGUUCAUGUUGGCCCUCAUCCACGCCAGGAAGAUCGCAUCGCUCACUGCCAGUGAGGGGGGCAAGUGUCGGCAUCAUUGGAGGUGGGGCAGCAACAUGAGAGGAGCCCUGACUCUCACCAUCCUGUCAGGAACGUUCACGGUGUGUUGGGCGCCGUUUUUCCUCCACCUCGUCAUCAUGACGGUGUGCCCCAUGAACCCGUACUGCGAGUGUUACCGCUCGCUGUUCGAGGUGCAUGUGGUGCUGAUGAUGAGCCACGCCCUCAUCGACCCCGCCAUCUACGCCUUCCGCAAUGCUGAGCUCAGACACACUUUCAAGAAGAUGCUGUUUUGGUAAGACUGGAAGCUGUGUUCAUAAAGAAAAUCCAUCUACACCUUUAAUUAGAUGACUCAGAGUAAUGCGGAUCAAGACUCCUUUACAAUCACUAAUUUAAAUUCAUGGUUUUACACAUGACACCACCUGGUGUCUGAAGUUGGCUACAUCAAGGCUACUGCCAGCAGUUCACUGAUCGUCUUUUGUGUUUGAAUGAGCAGAUGUGACUCUGUAAGUUAAAGUUAUUUUUCAUUAGAUAACUACCAUCUGUUUGUUUAUCUUCCUUGCUGACUAUUUAACCACCCAUCUCACUUCUAUCCUCUUUUUUAUGGGACUUGGAUGCUGUCAAUAACUUCAAACCAAUUUAAAGUUACCUAUCCCAACCACAUUCCCAUAGCAAAUAUAUUUUCUAAAACACACACGUUUCCCUCAUUAUUUCAUAAUUUCACAAUCAUUGUCAAUUACUUCGAU